AUGAUGAGGUCAAUAUCCUUGACCAAGUCUCAGAAUGUCACGGCAGCUGCUCUCAUCAGAGAACCUUUCGGCAUGCUUGCCGAUGAUUCCUUUCAGAGUGCUUGUUGCGAGGAUGCCGCCAUUAUUGUAGAGUUGCUAAGCAUUUCUUUGUGUACAAAAAACGACUUCCGACGUGGGUAUGUCGAGAAGAGCUACGCGGCACACCGCUCUGACCGCGACACACACAUCUUUCUCAAAAGAGGAAAAGUGAGCUCGCUUUCGUGA